UUGUGUGUUGCCAUUGUAACGAUAGCUGGAGACGAGAGACAGGUUAUUUAUUGUUGUGGUCAGUCGUAAGGGUAGUUUUAUUCCCAAUAGUCUGCAGUCGAUAUGGCGAACCGAAACCUUAAGCACGUAAAUAUUCAGAACAGUUCUCCAUCUCCGAAGCCUCCGAAUCGCAGCACGGAGUCUCCGUCCGCGGAGCGCGUGCAGAAGAUGGAGGCAGCGACGCCAUCGCCUCAAGUCACGAGCCCUCAACCUGAGGCAGAAGGCAGCAGCACCGAGCCUCGGGAAAUGACAUUAGACCUGAAGAGCUUCAGGAAACCGGGAGAGAAAACAUUCACACAAAGGUGCAGACUGUUUAUAGGCAACCUUCCUACUGACAUCACGGAAGAAGACUUCAGGAAGCUGUUCGCUAAAUAUGGCGAAGCUAAUGAAGUAUUUAUCAACCGAGACCGAGGAUUCGGAUUCAUUCGACUGGAAUCGAGGACUCUAGCAGAGAUCGCCAAAGCAGAGUUGGAUGGCACAGUGCUGAGGAACAGGCCAAUUCGCAUCCGGUUUGCCACACAUGGAGCUGCUCUCACGGUUCGAAACCUUUCACCAGUUGUUACUAAUGAACUCCUGGAGCAGGCAUUUUCACAGUUUGGACCAGUGGAAAGGGCAGUUGUGGUGGUAGACGAUCGUGGCAGACCCACAGGUAAAGGCAUUGUGGAGUUUGCCAAUAAGCCUGCUGCACGAAAGGCUCUUGACCGUUGUGCUGAGGGAGCCCUUUUACUUACCACGUCUCCGAGGCCAGUUAUUGUUGAACCAACAGAGCAGUGUGACGAAGAAGAUGGCCUUUCAGAAAAACUAUUGCAGAAGUCAGCACAAUAUCACAAGGAAAGGGAGCAGCCUCCACGCUUUGCCCAGCCAGGCACCUUUGAGUUUGAGUACUCGUCGCGGUGGAAGGCACUUGAUGAGAUGGAGAAACAGCAGCGGGAGCAGGUGAAAAGGAAUAUCCAAGAGGCCAAGGAGAAACUGGAAGCUGAGAUGGAGACAGCAAAACACGAGCACCAGCUCAUGAUGAUGAGACAAGAUCUAAUGCGCCGUCAAGAAGAGUUGCGUCGUCUGGAAGAACUGAGAAACCAGGAGCUGCAUAAGCGCAAACAGAUGGCGAUGAGACAUGAGGAAGAAAGACGGAGACACGAGGAGGAAAUGAUGCGCCACAGAGACCAGGACGAUAUGAGACGUCAGCCCGAUGCCUUUAAACCUGGUUUUAUGGAUAGCAGAGAACAGGAUAUGAGAAUGAGUGAAAUGGGUGCCCGUGGAGCCGUUAAUAUGGGAGGUAUGGUCAAAAAUCUCAGCCCAAGCUUGAACCAAAUGUGUGAUUCUUUUAAUCCUGCCACUGCUGUUAGCGGUAACCAGGGCCCUGCUCAAAUGAUGGGCAUGGGCAUGUCAGGCCGGGGUGGAGCCAUGGGGCCAGAGGGAUCAUCAAAUAUGGGGGCACCCCUCAUUCAGGAUAACGGAAAUAUGCGUAAUGAAAGAUUUCCUCAGGGAGCACCUGCUCAAAUGGGUUCUUCCAUGGGUAUUCGACCAGGUGUUGAUUCCCCCCAGCAACAACAGUCGCCUGUGCAUGGUGCUGCAGGACCUGUGCCUCCUUUGGGUGGUCCAGGUGGAUUUGGGCGAGGAGAUCCUGUUGGGGGGAAAUUUGAUGGGCCAAAUAACAAGCGCCGUAGAUACUAGGCUUUUUUUUUUUUCUUUUUUUUCUCUUUUUUUUUUUCCUCUCAUCAUAGUGACUUCUAGUCGUUUGAGCCAGACCACCUAAACUCUUGUUUAUGGGAUGUUGUCCAUUUUUAUGUCCUUUUCAGUGGCGCUGCUCUCAGGCAACCGUUAGUGUUGACCUUUGUCUCAAGUGUGCGAAUCACUUUUGAUCAUGAAUUGAAAACAGCUCUGUUUGGAGACUGAUAUUGCCUUAACUGUGCAUAUGCUGUAGGGCAGUCAGAUUUUUGUAACAGGGAGCUUUUGAACGGUUGCAAUGCUUCUGCUUAGUACUUUUCUUGCCUUUUUUUUUUUUUUGUUUGUUUUUUUUUUUGCUUGUUAUAUGAUCAGCCAAAGCUCGGUGAAAUUUAUGAAAUGUGCUCAAUGACCAUAUUUGUGCUGAACUACUACAUAGGUGCACUUUUGCUUAUUUUUAUAGUUUACAGUACCUGAUCAUGUGGGACUUUAUAAUUUGUGACACAAUUCUGUGCAGUUGAUUUUUUAUUUUUUUUUUCCCCCCUAUUCAAAACUCCAACAAGACUUGUUCGAACAGAGAAUGGUACAAUGAUACAUAUACCUCUUUUUUUGGUUUUCUGCUUACUGUGCAGUGUGAGUGGUAAAAUCUGUAUUGAUCAGAAACCAAGAAAUGGGUAUAGUCACAAAAUGCUCAUUUCAGGUAUUAUUACUUUUCUGUGACAGCAAAGCAAAAAUCCCUAUACACUAAUGAACAGUGUCUUGUAUACAGCAUGUUCUAAACAGAAACAACCAAGAAGUUCUAAGAUUUUGUUGCAUAUAACAUCUUUAAAUCCCAAGUUAUUAGAUAAAUGCUUUAGUGUAGCUUUUUUGGCAAGAGCAUGUUGCUUGGGACAUUUUAUUUGUACAACAUCUGAUUUACAGUGAUUGUUUUUAGAUUACUUUUUUGCUAUAUGGAUAGCAAUACUAGUGUAUGUAAUGUAGAAUGUGCAUGCUUUUAGCAGUCAUUUUUGUUUUAGUGAAUAUUAUGAAUAUGUCGGGUUAUUUUCCUUUUCCUUUAAAUGGUAGUUCUUGAAUAAAAAUACUUAAAAAGUUA